GAUUUUGAAAUAAAGGGAGUUCUGUGGAAUUGUGAUUGUGGCAGCACAUGAUAAGGGGCUGCCGUCCCGAAAAUUGCAGUUAACCAUUAUUAAUUAGUUCAUAUUUAAAGAAUGGCGGGUAUGCUUACCAUAACGAGUAGAAAUUUACCACGAUCUGCCUUUAGAUUUCUAAAUAAUUAUUUAGAGAAAUCUGCGACCCAGGUUCCGGUGCGGUAUAGAGCAUUCCACCAAGGAAUCAGAAUACGAAAAACGACGAUAAAAACUAUUCAUGCAGUAUUAGCAAGGCCAACAACUCUUUGUGGCAGAGAAGUGAGAUAUUUUAGGUCUUCUGCUGCACUUUUUGAAGAAUCUAAAAUUGUAACUGUGCCCCCAUUCGCUGAUUCAGUUUCAGAAGGUGAUGUAAGGUGGGAGAAAAAAAAGGGUGAUCAAGUUGCUGAAGAUGACGUGGUUUUGGAAAUUGAAACUGAUAAAACUUCAGUUCCUGUACCUGCACCAGCACAUGGUAUUAUUGAGGAAUUGUACGUGGAAAACGGCGCCACCGUAAAAGCUGGCCAAAACUUAUUCAGGAUGAAAGUAACUGGUGUUGCUCCAGAUAAGGGAGCGCCGGCGAAAGCUCCCGCCGCUGAGGCGCCACCAGCGUCUCCUCCACCACCAGCCGCAGCUGCACCACCACCCCCAAAACCUGCAGAACCUCCCAAACCAGCCGCUGGUACCCCACCGCCGCCGCCGCCACCAAGACCAGCUGCCCCCCUGAGCUCCAUACCAGUAGCUGCCAUUAGACAUGCUCAAGCGAUUGAAGCUGCCACCGUCAAAGUACCCCCGCAGGAUCCCACCAAAGAAAUAUCUGGAACUCGAACCGAACAAAGAGUGAAAAUGAACAGAAUGCGACUAAAAAUUGCCGAAAGGUUGAAGCAAGCACAAAACGUUAAUGCUAUGCUCACCACUUUUAACGAAAUUGAUAUGUCCUUUAUUAUGGAAUUCCGAAAAGCAAACCUAGAUGCUUUUCAGAAGAAGUUUGGAUUGAAGCUGGGCUUCAUGUCGGCGUUUGCCAAAGCAUCGGCUUAUGCUCUUCAAGACCAGCCUGUAGUGAAUGCUGUUAUCGAAGGACAAGAGAUCAUUUACAGAGAUUACGUCGACAUUUCAGUGGCUGUGGCUACGCCUAAAGGUCUCGUCGUCCCUGUCAUCAGGAACGUGGAGAGAAUGAAUUUCGCUGAAAUUGAGAUGGCAAUAAACGCACUUGGAGAGAAAGCUAGAAAAGGACAACUGGCUGUGGAAGACAUGGAUGGCGGAACCUUUACUAUUAGUAACGGAGGCGUAUUUGGUUCACUUUUAGGAACACCAAUUAUCAAUCCCCCACAAUCGGCUAUUCUAGGAAUGCACGGAAUUUUCGAAAGGCCUGUGGCUGUUAAGGGACAAGUUGUCAUCCGUCCCAUGAUGUAUAUAGCCCUAACAUAUGACCAUAGACUUAUUGAUGGUCGUGAAGCUGUGUUUUUCUUACGGAAGGUUAAGCAAGCUGUGGAGGAUCCAAGAAUUAUGCUAGCUGGUCUCUAAGAGAUAUUAGAAAAUGUGUCAAGUACCAAUACAAAUUCUCACAAACAUUUUCUGUAUUUGUAAAGUUAAUAAAAGAAAAGAUAUUAACAUUUUAUCAGAUUUGUAUACAGGUGACGGCUGGAGCUUUUUAACUUUACAAAUUACAGGUGAGUGCACGCUUUCAUCCUUUUAAUUUAAUCACUCGUAAAAAUCAUAAGUAACUUUUUUCCAAUCAAAAUUUCAUUAAAGUAAUGAAAUUAUUGUAUAAGUUUUAUUAAAGUAUUGAUGUAUGUAUUGUGACCCUUUUUUGUUAUAACUUUGUUGUUUAUUAAAUAAUAAUGACGUUA